AUGAUGAUGGACCUUUUUGAAACUGGCUCCUAUUUCUUUUACUUAGAAGGGGAGAAUGGAGCCCUGCAGCAGCUGGAGAUGGCUGAGGGAUCCCCGCUGUAUCCAGGCAGCGAUGGCACCUUGUCCCCCUGUCAGGACCAAAUGCCGCCAGAGGCCGGCAGUGACAGCAGUGGAGAGGAGCAUGUGCUGGCACCCCCGGGACUACAACCCCCUCACUGCCCCGGCCAGUGUUUGAUCUGGGCUUGUAAAACUUGCAAGAGAAAGUCGGCCCCCACGGACAGACGGAAAGCAGCCACCCUGCGGGAGAGGAGGAGACUGAAGAAGAUCAACGAAGCCUUCGAGGCCCUGAAAAGGCGGACUGUGGCCAACCCCAACCAGCGGCUGCCCAAGGUGGAGAUCCUGAGGAGCGCCAUCAGCUACAUCGAGAGGCUUCAGGACCUCUUGCACAGGCUGGAUCAGCAGGAGAAAAUGCAGGAGAUCGGGGGGGGGCCCUUCAGCUUCAGCCCCAAGCAGGGAAAUAUCCCCAGUUCGGACUUCCUAAGCACCUGCAGCUCCGACUGGCCAAGCCUUUCUGACCAUUCCCGAGCCCUCGGAGUCAGCCCCAAGGAAGGGGGCUCCGCCGUCGAGUCGUCGGCCUCCAGCAGCCUUCGCUGUCUCUCUUCCAUAGUGGACAGUAUUUCUUCCGACGAGCCCAAACUGCCCAGCGCGGAGGAAGUGGUGGAGAAAUAAAUCCGGUUGCUCUGGUAGUAUAUUUAACGGGGAUGGAGCCCCCACCCCCUUCCCUCUAAACUAAGUAAUGAAGCAAAUUAACACAGUGGAAAGCCCAGGCAGGGGCCUCGUUAAGGUCGAGUCAAGG